GGGGUAGAGGAGGAGCAGGGAUAUAGGAGCAGCCAGAGGAGGCACCACGUGCGUCCAUCGCUCUCUGGCUCUGCAGCCCCUUCGCCCCGGGAGCAUCGCCCCCCAGUAUCCCGCAGACUUCUUAUUGCCAAGGCUUGGCCAAACGGAGGAGGAGGAGACAGUGAGGAAGAUGCUCCAGGACAGCCAGGCAGGCACUGAGCUGCAGACGGAGGCCAGGGAGGACAAAUCCCCACAGCACAGCCUCAUGGAAGAGACCAUUUUGAGCAGCUCCAAUGGGCAGGAAUCCUGCAGGGAGGAAAUGCCAAAGGAAUCCCCCACAAGGAGGGGCUCCAAACUCAGCCCAGGGUACUCUGAGGAGCAAAGACCCCCCCACUGCUUCAUCCAGAAAUCCACUCUGGUCGUCCAUGAGCAGCUUCAUGCUGACGAGAAGCCCUACAUGUGCUUGGAAUGUGGGAAGAGCUUCAGCCACACCUCCCAUCUCUUCAUCCACCACCAAGUACACACUGGGCAAUGGCCCUACAAGUGCUUGGAAUGUGGGAAGAACUUUAACUGCAGCUCCCUGCUCAUCCCCCAUAUGCGCCAGCACACAGGGGAACGGCCCUACAAGUGUGGGGAAUGUGGGAAGAGCUUCAGCCUGAGCUCAGUCCUAGUCCAGCACCAGAAGAUCCACUCAGGAGAACGGCCCUACAAGUGUCCCAAGUGUGGGAAGGGGUUUCAGACCAGAUCAAAUCUCCUCAGGCAUCAGCAAACACAUGUGGAGUAGAAGCCCUUCUGUUGCCCUGACUGCAGGAAGGGAUUCAAGCGAAACUCCACCCUCACCAUCCACCAGCGCAUCCACACCGGGGAGAGGCCCUACGAGUGUGGGACGAGCUUCUAUCAGAGCUCUGCCUUGACUUCACACAAAUGGACCCACCUGUAAUGGAAGCCCUGCAAGUGCCCAAGUGAAAGAAGAGCUUUGUGCACUCUCCAGCUCCAUCCCCCAUGGGAGGAUCUGUGUUGGAUGAUCCCCAGUGACCCCUGUUGGGUAGAGCCCUGGUGACCCCUAUUCUGGGUGAAUUCUUUUGAGAAGACACCUGGCUGGUGGUCUCCACAUCCUCCUGAUUCCCUGUGGUGAAGGCAGGGGCAGGAACAUCCAUCGGGACUCAGAAUGACAUCAGGAAUUCAUUGGGAAGAGUGGAUUUGUUGACUUUCAACCCCAAAAGUCUGAGUUCUUCCAUCCAAUCCUUUUUUCCUGUGGCAUCAAGCAAUGUUGGAUGGUCUUUGAGGUCUUUUCCAGCCUCAGUGGUUCCAUUAUUCUGAUUCUCUAUGGCCCACAGGUGUCUUCCACAGCUAAAUGAGAUGGAUUUCGGCAAAGACCAAGAUUUGGGGUGGAAACCCCUCCAACAAAGGCUCUUCCCUGCACUGAACCCAACCCUACAGAUACUCUCAUGAUGCUGACAAGUAACUCCUUUUUUUGAGCUUGACUUUAUUUCAUCCAUUUUUAUCCCCUACAAAAACAUGAAAUUGUCAUAAAAAUAAAUAAA